AUGAAGAAUAGAAGAGUAAAAUUAGAGCCUGUUUAUCUUACUACUGUAUUAUUAUAUUGUAAUAGUGAAGCUGUUCUUUUAAAUUACAGAAAAGUGUCAUCUAAUUGUAUUGAGUCAAUAAAAAUGGUAAGAAAGAAUCCAUUAUUAAAACAUCUUCGAUUAAAUUUUUUAUUAGAAUAUUUUCCAAACAUUGAAACCAUUGAAUCAUCAAUUGAUGAAAUAAAUAAAAUACCAUCUAAGAAAUUAGAAUCUAUUUCCUGGUAUGACCUUACUGUUAAACCAGAAGAUUAUAUAAACAAAUCAAUAAGACCAAAAGUAAAAAAGAUUAGACUUCAUUCUUGUUCUAAUAAUUACAUUAGAGAAUUAUGUAAUGUAGAACAAGUUAUUGUUGAAGUACUAAAUCCACAUAUUAGACUUAUCAAUAUCCCAUUAGAACAUCUUAAACAAGUAAUAAUAAAACGUAAAUUUAUUAGUUAUGAUGAACAAGAAAAGAAAAUGUCUUAUGAAACAAUUAUUAGAAAUGUUCUUUCUCUUCAUAAACUUAAUAGAAAUAUUAAAAUAAUAUUAGUCGAUUUUGAAAAUCCUAUUUCUUUAAAGAAUAAAGAGAAUAUUCAAUUGUUCCAAUUCUCAGAAAUUGAAUCUUUUAAAAAAGAUUUAGAAAUAAUACAGGAAGAACGAAUAUUGGAAACUCAAAUACUAACUCAACAAUCUCUUAAUAAUUUUCUUCUUCUUGGAUUAACUAAUAUUUCAAUUUCAGUUAUUCAAAAUAUUACUCAAGUUAUUAAUAUAUCAAAUUUACAACAUUUAAUUUCAUUUACUUUUUCAGCUAGUAUUAGUAUUCCAACUAUCUUUAGAUUAUCAAAAAAUAUUCAAAAACUUAUUAUUAAUAUGCCUGAUGCUACAAAAUAUAAAAUAGCUAAUGGUCAAAUCUUAAAUCAAUUAAAAGUACUUACUUUAACUGGUGGACUAGUAUUUUUUGAAUUAAAUGCUCCAAUUGAAACAGUUUUUGAAACAAUUUUUAAUGAUGGAGAAGAACAAAUAAUGGAACGACACAUAGAACAAGUUCUACAAAUUGAAGAUAUUAACAUUCGUUCAACUGCAAAAGAUGUUCAUCUUGUUCUUCCACGUAUUCAAUGCCAAAUACUUUCAUUAAUUGGUGAUUUUAUUAUUGACCAAAUACUACUUGAAUAUGCUGAUAAUUUUGCUGUAAUAGCAUUGGACAUUCCACGUAUUAAAGAUGUUAUUUGUUCUUGUAAUAGUAUGAAUGAAGCCAAAAACUUUUUCCGUUAUCAAUUAGUAGGUGUUGAUGUUUUUCGUUUUAGAUGUAUUGUAGAAACACCUUCAAAAAGAUUUGGAAUAAAAUUUGUUAAAGACAAAACAGUAGAAUUUGAAUUACCUGAACCAAUUCCUAGUCACACAAAGAAACCACAUCAAAAACUCGUAUAUAGUAAAGAAUUAUUUCAAGACCAAAAUGAAUGGAUCGAUUUAAAUUCUUCUGAACCUGAGAUAUUAGGUUCUAUUGAAAAACAAUAUUUACUUCCUACAGAAGAAGAUUCAAAUUAUUUCCUUUUAGAAUGA